AUGUUUGACAGAAAAAUAUAUUUUCCCAUCACAGCCGCGGGGUUGGUGGUGGUGGUGCUAUCUUUAGCUGCCGCAUGCUCCAACGGAACAUGCGGCCGGGUAAUGGAUGAAUGCUCGUCCGACGAAGAUUGUGGAUCCGGGCUGUAUUGUUUUUCAUGUGAAGCAGGGUUUCCUGGCUCCAGAUGUAAUAAUUCUCUACCAUUCAAUAAGUACGCAUUUUUAGCAACGCACAACUCAUUUGCAAUAGAAGGGGAGCCAUCUCACACCGGUGUUCCAAGAAUCACACCCACAAAUCAAGAAGACACCAUCACUCAACAGCUCAAUAACGGCGUCCGUGGCUUGAUGCUCGAUAUAUACGAUUACGAAGGUGAUAUAUGGUUGUGCCAUUCUUUUGGUGGCCGAUGCCGCGACUUUACCGCAUUCGGACCAGCAAUUGAUACGCUAAAGGAAAUCGAAGCAUUCAUGAGGAAAAAUCCAACAGAAAUCGUGACGUUAAUCUUACAAGACUAUGUUCAGACACCAAAUGGACUGACCAAAGUGCUGAAAAAAGCAGGACUAAUGAAUUACCAAUUUCCGUUAUCGAAAAUGCCGAGAAACGGCGAAAAUUGGCCGCUAGUAAAAGAAAUGGUUGCUAAAAACCAGAGGCUACUCAUUUUCACUUCCGUCGAAUCGAAGCAAAAGAGCGAAGGAAUUGCUUACCAAUGGAACUACAUUGUCGAGACCCUAUAUGGAGAUAAUGGAAUGACGUCGACAUAUUGUGUUAAUCGGGAGGAAUCUUCUCGUCUUAACGACACGAGUAAAUCUUUGGUUUUAGUGAAUUAUUUCGGAUCGCUUCCGAGUAAGAAAAUGUCGUGCAUUCAUAAUUCUGAAGACCUUCGUAAGGUGAUUGAAACUUGUCAUCGUGCAGCGGGUGAAAGAUGGCCGAAUUUCUUGGCCGUCGAUUUUUACAAGAGGAGUGAGGGAGGGGGACCAUUUCAAGCUGUGGACGCUUUAAACGGAGAACUCGCGUGUGGGCGUAAAGACGUGUUUCAAUGUGCUCGAAGACUACAGGAGAAGCUUCAACAAGGAGGAUUCUAA